CUCACUCCACACCACACCACACCACCUCCUCUUUUUAUUUUAUUUUUAUUAGCAUAAAAAUGAAACCCUAAUUCACCGCCUCUAUUUGUCACAAAAGUCAUUUACACACAAAAAUACCACCCAUUUGUUCUCAACCACCCUCGAAACACCCCAAAACAAUAUCAAGUUUUACUACUCUUUACCCAUUUCUUCUCCCCACUUAGCAAACAGAACCCACAAUUUUCUUUUUUCUUUUUUCACCUCCUUUACCAGCCAAUUACUCUUGGCCGUGACUGUAAAUUUACUUGGAGUUUCACUUAUGCUGGAAAAUUCAACUUUGCCGGAAAAUCUAAGUGCCACCACCCCGGAAAAUGGGGAGGUUGGUGACUCAGGUGGGCUGGCACCAGUUGGGCAUGGAGAGGAAGAGAGGAUGCGAGCUGAAGAUGGUGAACGGAGCUGGUUAGGUAACCGGUGGCCUCGGCAAGAGACGUUGGCUUUGUUGGAGAUAAGGUCUGAUAUGGAUGCUAAUUUCAGAGACUCCAGCAUCAAAGCUCCUCUUUGGGAAGAGGUUUCCAGGAAAAUGAGGGAGCAUGGAUUCAAUCGAAGUGCCAAGAAAUGUAAGGAGAAGUUUGAGAACAUUUAUAAGUACCAUAAAAGAACAAGAGAUGGUCGGUCUGGGAAAUCCAAUGGAAAGGCUUAUCGGUUUUUUGAGCAAUUAGAGGCUUUAGAUCACCACUCAUUUGAUCAUCCUUUUCCUCCUUCCGGGGACAAAGUUAACGCUUUCUUAGAUGAAGCAAAAACAACAGCGGCGGCAACGAGGACGAGUCCAACAGAUGUUGUUAUCAAUGCUAUCCCUUGUUCUAUUCAUAAGCCAGCUUCAAAUUUAGAUGACAGUUCGCCUUCUAACACUACGUCUUCCAGCCAGGAAUCUAGAGGUAUGCGUAAGCAGAAGAGGAGACUCACUGAGUUUUUCGAGAGGCUGAUGAAAGAAGUGACAGAUAGCCAAGAGAAGUUACAAAGGAAGUUCAUUGAAACAUUAGAGAAAUGUGAGCAAGAUCGUUUAGCAAGGGAAGAGAUGUGGAAGAAGCAAGAAUUGGAGAGGAUCAAACGAGAAAGUGAUUUGCUAGUUCAGGAAAGGUCUAUAGCAGCUGCAAAGGAUGCAGCUGUGCUUGCAUUUUUGAAGAAGUUUUCAGAACAAACUGAACCAUUUCAAUUUCCUGAGUACCCAAUUAUGGAUGUGGAUAAGCAGGAAAAGAAUCAUAGUGGAAAUGAUGAGCAGACUUGUUUGGACAAUCAAGAAAAGCUUAAUUAUAACAGGAAGUUUGUGCAGGUGAGUUCAUCUCGGUGGCCCAAAGAUGAAGUUGAUGCUUUGAUUAGGCUGAGGACUAAUCUCGAUACACAGUAUCAAGAUAAUGGACCUAAAGGACCUCUGUGGGAGGAUAUUUCGGCAGCCAUGAAAAAGCUUGGCUACAACCGGAGUUCAAAGAGGUGUAAAGAGAAAUGGGAAAACAUAAACAAAUACUUCAAGAGGGUGAAAGACAGCAAUAAGAGAAGGGUUGAAGAUUCAAAGACAUGUCCUUAUUUCCACCAACUCGAUGCUUUAUACAAUAAGAAGACUAAAAAAGUCGAUGAUUCAGAGAAUACUGGGUAUGAUUUGAGACCUGAGGAGCUCCUAAUGCAUAUGAUGGGUGGACAGGAACAGCAACAACAGCCUGAAACUGUUACUGAGAAUGGUGAAAGUGAGAAUCUCAGUCAUAAUCAUGAGGGAGACGAUGAAAUAGUAGACAAAGAUGAAUAUAAAGAUACAACUGAUCCUUCUUCCAUGGAAAUUAUGGGUUAGAGUUGAAGUUGGUACUGGUAGGCCAAAAUUUUAAUGAGUCGAGAUUCACGAUCAGUUGUAGGACUACCCUCGUGGUUGUAAAGUAAGAUUAUCUGGUAUUGGGAACGUUUUUGCAGAAGAUAGUGAUAGACGACUCCUUCUAUCACCAUGUGUACAUGGAUGGUCAUAUUAUUUGUUCAUUAGAGAGCGAAAGAGAGAAUAAGGAGGCUUGGUGUUGUGUAGUUAAACUAGUUUUCGAUACUCCAAGUCUUGAUGUGUGCAAAAGUUGAAAGUGGUCGUUUUCCUUUUAAUUGUAAUCAAUAAACACUAUAUAGUUAUGCUGCAAUCAAAGUUGUAUUCUUUUUGUUAUAAAAGUAGUAAUUAUGUCA